AUGAUGGAUGGCAUCGAUACCGCAGUGAUUGCCGUUCAGAAACGCGUACCAGACAGUCUUAUUGUAGCUGAAUCAGUCACAUCUAUUUAUAAUCUAUCUCCUACUGUGGGAUGCUGUGCUAUAGGAAUGAUUCCUGACUGUAAAUUCCAAGUUCGUCGAGCACAGAUGGAGGCAGCUCAGUGGAAAUAUCAGAACGGGUACGAUAUGCCAUGCGAACUUCUGGCAAAGAGAAUGGCUGAUAAAAAUCAAUACUACACUCAAAACGCAGAAAUGAGGAGCUUGGGAUGCGCUAUGAUCAUGAUCUCUUUCGAUGACGAAGAUGGAGCAGUUGUAUUCAAAGUAGAUCCAGCCGGAUAUUACCGUGGAAUGAAGGCUGUCUCAGUAGGAGUUAAACAGGUGACAGCAUCUUCAUUCCUUGAGAAGAAGAUUAAAAAGAAGUCUGACCUAAAUCACGAUGAGACAAUCCAAUUGGCUAUUGAAGCCCUACAAAGCAGUCUUGGUAUAGAAACUCGUUCAAAAGACUUGGAGGUUGUUGUGGUUUCGAAGAAGGACAAGAAAUUCACAAAACUGACGAACGACCAAGUUGACCACCAUCUAAAUGCUAUUGCAAAUCGUGAUUGA